CAUUGAAAAUUGGUUUUCACAUUACUUCAUUACUCUAUCUUUCCCAUCCGAUGACAGAUCUUGCACAUUCCAGUCAUCCAUCUUCUGGGGUAAUGCGGCUUUGGGCGUUCGCACUUAUCAUCCAUGGUUUCUUCACCGGCGUCGUCUCGAAAGUUGGAAACCAUCGACUUAGGAGCGUUGGAAGCCUGGCUCUAUUGCAGGCAGAAGGAGGAAUUAGGAGCAAUAAUGGACAAUCCAUAUUUGAGAGCGGACAGGACAUCGAGCUCCUCUGCACCUUGACAGACGCUGGAUUGAAUGAGGGACUGAAAACAAGUGACCUCCGAUUCGAGAUACCCUCUGGUGACGUCGUAAAGCCUAACUACACGUCGAAUAACACAACGGUGUCGUUGAUCAUCGUUAAUGCGACUGCAUCUGCUUCUGGUCGGACGAAGAUGACAGAAUGCCGGCAGAAGGACCCUUAUGUAACGGAAUGCGAGGCGAAUAAAGGCCAGACUCCUCCAUAUCGUCCGGGUGAGACAGAAACGAACAUCACAGUGAAAGCCCAGAAUGUGCUCGGCCAUACAGUCUUCACUUAUCCCUUCGAUCACUACCGGAACAUUAAGAUCGAGACAUUGGAGAAUGUUGCCCUGGAGACGGUGGACGCAGAGACAAUGGAACUUACCUGGGAUAUUCCACUNCAAUCCAUAUUUGAGAGCGGACAGGACAUCGUGCUCCUCUGCACCUUGACAGACGCUGGAUUGAAUGAGGGACUGAAAACAAGUGACCUCCGAUUCGAGAUACCCUCUGGUGACGUCGUAAAGCCUAACUACACGUCGAAUAACACAACGGUGUCGUUGAUCAUCGUUAAUGCGACUGCAUCUGCUUCUGGUCGGACGAAGAUGACAGAAUGCCGGCAGAAGGACCCUAAUGUAACGGAAUGCGAGGCGAAGAAAGGCCAGACUCCUCCAUAUCGUCCCGGUGAGACAGAAACGAACAUCACAGUGAAAGCCCAGAAUGUGCUCGGCCAAAGUGUCUUCACUUAUCCCUUCGAUCACUACCGGAACAUUAAGAUCGAGACAUUGGAGAAUGUUGCCCUGGAGACGGUGGACGCAGAGACAAUGGAACUUACCUGGGAUAUUCCACUUGGAUUAGCGCUUUACAACGUCUCCAUCGUCCACGCCAUCCAAUUGACACACAGCUGGGAGGACGAACUCCAUUCUGCUGGACUUUUCUAUGCCUUCAUUGAAGAAGGUCGCCGCCAAGCCUUUCAGCCAGUCCUGCACAACGUCUUUGAUCUCUUGGCCACUCUUCAGACGCUGGCCACCCAAAAAUUUAUUGAGGUGUCGGUUGUUAACAAAGGGGUGGCGAAUUACCAGAUACCAGGAGGUUCCAAGGAAAAAUCCUGGAACUAUACGUUGAAUAACCUUAUACCGAAUACCAAUUAUGAAGUCGCGAUAAGGGCCUCUGUCGAGGGAGCAGAAUACCCUGAUCUCUGGUCAAAUUAUUCUAUGGUGGAAGGCAAAACCAUGCCGAAAGUUCCAGACAGGAGCCCAGAUGUGCCGCUUGGGAGCUUCCACGUAGAGCGGAUUAAUGACAGCCGCAUAAAUAUCUCCUUUUACUGGGUCCCGUUGAGCGACUGGGAACAUUACGGCGACAACUUCACUUACCUGGUAGAAGGUUGGACCUUCUCUUGUGUCGAUAAUUCGACACAAGAGGUCCAACCCUCAAUCGUGACUAACACGUCCGCCGCCUUCGAGUACCUAAGGACUGAUUCGGCCUACAAAUUCCUUAUCGUUUCCAGCAACGAAAUGGGAAAUUCUCAGGGGCUGUCCAUCUUUGAAGUUGACAUGGAAAGCAACAGAAUGCCUUUCCCGGCGAUCCAGAGAUACGAGCGAAUGGUUGACGGAACGUACGUGUUGGAGUGGAGGGCGCUCGAAGAGGAGAAGACGACGAAUUUCACCGUAUUUUGGUGUCUUUCUACCCCCUACUGGCCUAAGUGUGAUUCGGGCAUCGACUGGGUAUUCGUUUCGAGGAACACCACCACCUUUGAGCUCAAGUCCAACAAAUUGCUCAAAUUCGCCAUCUCAGCCAACAGAGAAAAUGGGAGCAGUGGGAUGGGCUGGGAUCAAAUCUUGAUGGUUCCAGAUUCAGGGCAGAAUCUCCCAGUGGUACUGAUAGUGGUCGCUGUCGUUAUUGUUGUGAUUCUCGGCGUGUCAGCUGUUCUCGGAGGCAAGAGACUGUGGAGACGCUUUCGUAAGAUCGGAAAUGUUGAGGUCGCACUGCCAUCAGCAUUCUCUGACAGUAAUCCGAAUAGAACAGAGGACGAACCAAACGAAGCUGCUCCGCAUGAAACUGAGAGCGUUAGGGUGAACACAGCCCUCCCUGAAUCUGUUCCUGGCCCCACUCUUGACAGUCCCACAACCGAUGCACGAAGCCCGGUCCAAGCAUACAAGAAAUUGCCAGAUCCUUUGGAAGAUCCCGAAUAUCGCAUCGUGAGCUUUGGAGACGUCCGCCUCGCACCCGGUGAACAAGAUAUCAAUUACAUCUGCGAUGCCCUCGAGGAUGAAGGAAAUGUAUCUGAGGAUGAUCGUGAUGACGACAGCAGGACUUUCGACAGUGAUUAUAACAUGUCCCUUGUGGAUGAUGAGGAAUACAUGAAAAAGCUUGGUAUCCUCGGGAUGGGGACGCGAAGGAAGAUGUCAAGCACUGGUUACGUUCAAGCCAGUGGUGAAAGGACGUUGCAUCUCGGCAUGGACUCCGAACCGGAGACGAGUCCUCGAGAAGAGGGUCGGGGAAAAGAAGAAAGGGAAUGGGAGUAUGUGCAAACUGCAGUAUCUUUGGAAAUCACGUCUUGCAUAAAGGAGUGCCGCUGGAGCACGAUCAGCCCAUCUGGACUCUCGCCGGAUAAUCGACAGCGGAUGGUCAGCUGGAGUCUGCAGGGACCAAGGUUACUAAAGGUAGGGAGGCAUAUUCAGAUCUUGCCUCAUUAUUCUCCUGACACCACUGGAGCUGAUUCCAACGACUCGAGCUGUCCUCCGACGAGACAGGCCGGAAUACAGCCAGAAGGAGGAAUUGAGGACAGCAAUGGACAAUUCAUCUUCGAAAGUGGGGAAGACAUCAAGCUCUUCUGCACUUUGACCGAAGUUGGGUUAAGUGAGGGUCUCACUAGACGUGACCUCAGGUUCAAGACACCCUCUGGUGACGUCGUGAAACCAAACUCUGCGUCGAAUAACACUACAGUGUCCUUAAUCAUCGUUAAUGCAUCUGCGAAUGAUUCCGUCGUGACAGUUCUCCCGCUGGAGCUGAAAUCAUGGCGAUGUUGGUCGAAGCAGUUGGAGCUACUCCUUUGCACUUGGUCAAAACCAGAGAAUCCCGUUUGGACGGAUUAUUUUUUCUACAUUCAGACCGAUGGGAUGAAGAUGGCAGAAUGCCGGCAAAGGAACGCUACAGAAGAUGGAAAGGAGAUGGAGAUAUGCGACUUGUCGGGAGGACGCACUCCUCCAUAUCGCCCUUAUGAGACAGAUAUGAAGAUGACAGUGGUUGCCCAAAAUUUGCUCGGCAAUAGGACCUUCACCUAUCCCUUCGAUCACUACCGGAACAUUAAGAUCGAGGCGUUGGAGGAUGUUGCCGUGGGGAAAUUAGGCGAAGAGACACUGGAAAUCACCUGGGAUCUCCCGGCUUUCUUAGAUAGCUACAACGUCUCCAUCAUCCAUAAUAUCCAAUGGGUACCCAAGUGGAAGGACGAGCUCCAUUUUUCUGGCGUACGUGAACUCGCCCAUUACUUUGGUCUGGAAGUGACCUAAGAGGGG